AACUUAAUGUGGGCAACCUUUAUUCUCAGACAGCUGAGUUCAGUUGUUUUGUUUUUCUAACUGGCUUUCGGUUAUGUUUAAAUACUAAUUCAGGCUCAAAUGCAUUCAAGCGAAGUUAACAGACCAACAUCCAUAAUGCCUCCUUGGGAGCCCUUUCAAGGGAGGGAGACUGGAGAAUGAAAGCUGGAUAUUCGCGUCUUUAAUCGGACACAGCGGCGAAGGAAGGAGGACAAGCCACCUUCGGGAUUUUUUUGGAUUGCUCCAAAAAAUACUUUUUUCCGUGUCCCUUGGAGUCCUGCACAAUGGGGAUUAUGCUUCAAGUUAUUCUAGGAAUGUUUCAAUUCCUGCUGCUCACCAGAAUACCGACGUCCCAUUCCAAGCUUGCUCACUGGCGGCCAGCGGAUUCCCCCAAAUCCAGGGAAGGUCGAGAAGUGCGGCGGUGGCUGGAGGUGUACUCCCGCAGCGGCUGCCAGCCCCGGGACACGCUGGUGGAGGUCUGGCGGGAGUUGCCGGGGGAGACCCACCACCUCUUCAUCCCGUCGUGUGUGUCGGUGCGGCGCUGCGGCGGCUGCUGUCCUGACGAGGCCUUGGAGUGUGUGCCCCUGCUCACACACACAAUCACCAUGGAGCUGAUGAGAACGUCCUUCAUGAAGCACGAGCUCAUUGAGCUGCCCUUCGUAGAGCACAGCCAGUGCGAGUGCAGGUUAAAAGAAGGAUUCCAGUCCACACCUACCACAAGGCCCAUUCUGAAGCCAGCGAGAAAAGGCAAGAAAAAGGAGGGGUCGAAGUCCAGACCGAGGAAAACUGGAGGCACCAGAGCUGCAACCCAGAGCCCCUCUCCACCUACCACGUCCUCCCCUCUCCCGUCGUCACCUCCCCCCUCCUCCCCGUCUCCCUCGCCCUCCCCGACGCCGCGCUGCCGCCCCUGCAGAGGGAGGAAGUGGGCUCUGGAUGCAGCGUCAUGUCAGUGCAGAUGCACCGUGAGAGAACAGAGCUGCAGCAGGAGAGGCCUGACGCUCAACCCUCGGCGCUGCAAAUGUGAAGCCCUGAGAACUUGAUGUGUCCGCCCACUUUCUUUAUAUCCCGCCAAAGCCCUCUCAAUCACCCGCUCUCAGUGUCGGUGCCAUGGACAAAACAGACGCUUCGACAUAUCUCACGCCGAAGGAGACAUUAGUAGCAGCACACAAGAACCUUUUUUUUUUGUAAAAUCAUUGCGGCCUCAAUGUGCUCCAGAUCUACAUGUGUGCAAAGCAAACGUCUCUCCACCUCGUUGCUUGUACAUGCGUGUACAUUGAUAUGACAUCACACAAGUUUUAGAAGCUCGGCAACUCUGAGGGACUUUGGGAACGACAUUUGCAAGAGAACAUAUUGCGCUGUGGUUUUAGAAUCCAACAACUUCCUUUCGCCUGGGAAAUUGCUGCACGGGUGAUGUGUGGAAACGAG